GACAUCAUACUCCCCGUCCAGAAGACCGCUUCACAGACAGAUAUUUAUCACUCUCACUCUGGCAAUAAUUAGCCACAUUAGAACAAGGAUACACUUUAAAGGCUGUGGCCACGCAGAAGGACUUCAUUUGGCAACACAGAAACCACAGACAGGAAAGACCACAGAAGGAAUAUCCACCUUCUCCUAAAAGACUCCGACCAGAGACGAUACAAAUGGAAGAUUCCAUUGACACCGCCAUGGCAGUGUUCUCUGAUCAGUACCUGUCGUCCAAUGACAGUUUACUAUUCAACAUCACUCCAACCCAUUUCCCCCGCCUGCCACCCAUAAUAGACCAGACCAUCAGCAUCACCACCAUAGUGAUCCUCUUCAUCACCAUGGUUUCACUGGGCUGUACCAUGGAGGUGCCCAAGAUCAAGGCCCACAUCCUGAAACCUAAAGGAGUAGCCAUCGCAGUGGUGGCCCAGUUUGGAGUAAUGCCCCUCACUGCCUUCUCAUUGGCUAAGGUGUUACAGCUGGGGCCGGUAGAGGCUGUAGUGGUGCUGAUCUGUGGAUGCUGCCCAGGGGGAAGCCUCUCCAAUAUAUUGGCCCUGUCUCUGAAGGGAGACAUGAACCUAAGUAUUGUGAUGACUACCUGCUCUACAGUUCUAGCCCUGGGUAUGAUGCCACUGCUCCUCUACCUAUACUGCCAGGGCUUCUCCAACCUGGAGAGUGCUGUUCCCUACGCUGGCAUCACUCUGGCCCUGGUCAUGACUCUGUUCCCCUGCGGCAUCGGCAUCCUCAUCAAUUACUACAGGCCACAGUACUCCAAGACUAUUACUAAGGUCGGCCUGUCCCUCCUGUUGAUGGCCACGGUGGUGAUUGGCCUGUUGGCCGGCAUGACCAUAGGAGGGAUGGAUUUGACGCUGACCCUCCUGUCCCCUCCACUCAUGGCCACCGCUGCCCUCAUGCCCCUCAUUGGCUACACCUUCGGAUACGUCCUGUCAUACCUCUUCAAACUCAACGGAUCGGGGCGGAGGACCAUCUCCAUGGAGACAGGCUGUCAGAACAUCCAGCUGUGUUCCACCAUUUUGAAGGUGGCAUUCCCUCCCGAUGUGAUUGGUCCCCUCUACCUAUUCCCUAUGAUCUACAUAGUGUUUCAGGUGGGAGAGGCCUUACUGCUCAUUGUCCUGUUCAGGGUUCACCGGAGGUUCUUCAAAACACCGAAGACAGAGAAGCAGGUGUACGAGGCAGUGGAUGGAAAUCAGAUCCACAUCAGCUCCGUCUGAAAUGGUGCUGUCGACCAAGGCUUCAGGCUCCCAAAGACCUGAUUAUCUACCAGAUUACAAUGAGGAUUUAACACCCAGUGACUGCACAUACAAUGACGCAUGGCAGCAGGCGAUUUGAAGGUGGAGGGAUUGUAACGAAUUGACUACACUGUAUACAGGUGUAUUAGUGUAUGUGGAAUUAACUGAAAAGAGAAACCUACGUACUGUCUAAACUACAUGAGUACUUCUGAUCAAGACAAGGUAGUGUCAAUGUUUGGACCAGCUAUUGAAAACAGUCGUGACAUUUUAUUACGGCUAGUAUUUAAUUACAUAUUGUUUUAAGCUCAUACUAAAAGUGGCAAAAUUGUCAAGUUAACACGGUCUUUUGAUGCUUUAUAUAAAACAUUUUAUUGGU